AACAAUAUUGUGGAGUCGUAUCAUAAUAAAAUAAAGCAGUCAGCGAGUUGUAAUGCAUUAUGUCGGCUCUUAUGAGGGCAAUCCGAGUAAGUGAGUUCGGAGCUCCGUCCGUGCUCAAACUUUGCACCGAUGUGAAAGUUCCACAGCCUGGAAGCGGACAAGUGUUAAUCCGUGUCCAUGCCUGCGGAGUGAACCCUGUGGAAACAUACAUCCGAGCUGGGACAUACAGCCGAAAGCCUUCGCUCCCGUACACACCUGGCACUGAUGCAAGCGGUGUGGUGGAAUGUGUUGGCAAAGGCGUCACAGCAGUGAAGCCAGGAGAUCGUGUUUUUACCACAUCAACCCAGUCUGGAGGUUAUGCAGAGUUUGCUGUAACCACAGAAGAAAGCAUCCACAAACUGCCCGAUACUUUAGACUUCAAACAGGGGGCAGCCAUUGGCAUCCCAUACUUCACAGCCUACAGAGCUUUGGUUCAUAAAGCUCAUGUAAAGCCUGGAGAUACUGUUCUCAUCCAUGGAGCUAGUGGAGGGGUUGGUCUGGCAGCAUGUCAGCUCUCCCGUGUGUUGGGCCUGAGGGUGCUGGGGACAGCCGGGUCCAAAGAGGGAAUGGAGCUUGUGGUCAAAAAUGGAGCUCACAUGGCAUUUAAUCACAGAGAGGAUGACUAUACUGGCAAAAUAAUGGAAGCCACAGAAGGCCAGGGAGUUGAUGUGAUUGUGGAGAUGUUGUCAAACAUCAACCUCAACAAAGACCUCCAAAUGAUGGCAUUUGGAGGACGUGUUGCGGUUGUUGGCUCCAGAGGCUCCAUAGACUUUAACCCUAGAGACACAAUGGGCAAAGAGACCAGCAUCAUAGGCGUUUCCCUCUUCUCUGCCACACCGGUGGAGAGGAAGGAGUGUGCAGCGCUGCUCUUUGCUGGGAUGGAAGAUGGUUGGCUGUGUCCAAUUGUCAGUAACCAGUAUCACCUGGACAAGGCUGCUCAGGCCCACCAUGACAUCAUCAACUCUCGGGGGGCCACUGGAAAGAUUGUGCUGAUCAUGUGUUAAUGUAACCAAAGUAUAGGAACAGGUUUUAGUUGAAAAACAAAUCAAGGAGUUAUGUGAUAUUUACAUGUAAAUCCAAUGGAAUUGGUCUUUGGACAGUAUGUUAAGAAUGUCGCUUACUUCCAAGGGGAUUUGAUUGAUCUAGAAGUAAUGCUGAUGAUUGUUUUAAUCAGUUCCUAAAAUUGUUCUAAUAUCCUUUUAAGAUCAUUCUUUUAAUGUCUUCAAUACAUUUUAGUCGCAAAAAAACUGUUGUGUCCGUCAGACAUUAAAUCCUCUCUUCUCAGGUGACAGCUGAUGCUACUGAGCAUGCGCCACAGUGCCUUAGGUAACCUAAGUUACAUACUGUGUACAUGGCACAUAUUGGAGUCGAUGAGGCCCAUUCUUCUUUAUUGAUCCUUAGUGAUAGAUAUCCUAGUUGUUGUAUGUAUUUGUAGAACAUAAUCAGCAGGCAUUGAGCUGAUCGUCAGGUGAGUUGCCUUCUUUGCUCACACAACCAAUUGUGUUUGUUUUAGUACAGGUCUUUUAUGUUGAGGAAAUGAAAGAUAAAUAAAUUUCACAGCUGUACCAUUCAUCA